GAUACAGUACGAGCGCGCGGGGAUGUGAGCGCUGAGGUGCAGCAUUCGCUCGAGAGCAUCAGAAGCGCAGCAUCAUCCUAACGAAGCGCAAAGAUGGCAUUGCGCAUUUAAGGCUAGACUUUGGAGAGUACCGUAUUCAGGAAUAUAGGAGCUUCGUUCUUUGCCGAAAUUUUAAAGACACGGGACACAAGCCUGGAAAUCAAGGGCGGACAGUGGGGGGAAUUUGGGGACGGUCAUGGCGGGGGUGGGAGCCAGGAGGAGAAAGACGGGGCUCCCGGGGUUCUGUUGGAAAACAUGCUAUUUCCACAUCCUCUUCUGGGUCGUGUCUGUCUGUGGAGAAGAGAGAACGUUUAUUGUUGAGACAUGGCUAAAGAACUAUGGCUACCUGCUCCCUCAUGACAUCCGAACAUCGGACCUGCGAUCGGAGAAAGCCAUGCAGUCGGCGGUCGCUGCCAUGCAGCGGUUUUAUGGCAUUCCAGUGACAGGAGUCCUUGACCAAACCACCAUCGAGUGGAUGAGAAAACCUCGCUGUGGUGUUCCCGACCAUCCUCACAUCAGCCGCCGCAGGAGAAAUAAACGCUACGCCCUCACCGGACAAAAAUGGAGGGACAAAAAGAUUACGUACAGCAUACAUAAUUUCACCCCCAAGGUGGGUGAGAAAGACACUCAGAGGGCGAUUCGUCAGGCCUUUGACGUCUGGCAAACCGUGACCCCGUUGACCUUUCAGGAAGUGGCUUAUUCUGAGAUCAAAAAUGAGGGUAAAGAGGCCGAUAUCAUGAUCUUCUUUGCCUCCGGUUUCCAUGGUGACAGUUCCCCAUUCGACGGAGAGGGAGGUUUUUUAGCUCACGCAUACUUCCCCGGUCCCGGGAUUGGCGGAGACACACACUUUGACUCAGAUGAGCCCUGGACGCUGGGAAAUGCCAAUCAUGAUGGCAAUGACCUUUUUCUCGUGGCGGUACAUGAGUUAGGACAUGCUUUGGGUCUGGAACAUUCUAAUGACCCCAGUGCCAUCAUGGCCCCCUUUUACCAGUACAUGGACACGCACAACUUCAAACUGCCUCUGGACGAUCUUCAGGGCAUCCAGAAAAUCUAUGGUAUACCCACAGCCAUGCUGGAGCCCACCCGUCCUCUUCCUACACUACCUGCACGCCGAACACACUCCACCUCAGACAGAAAACAUGACCGGCAGUCCCGGCCCGCUCGUCCACCCUCCGGAGACCGCCCAUCCUCCGGUAACGGCAAACCCAAUAUCUGUGACGGCAAUUUCAACACGGUGGCCUUCUUUCGGCGGGAGAUGUUUGUUUUUAAGGAUCGCUGGUUCUGGCGUUUGCGAAACAACAAGGUACAGGAAGGCUAUCCCAUGCUCAUCGAGCAGUUCUGGAAGGGUCUUCCUCCCCGCAUUGACGCUGCUUACGAGAGAUCCGACGGCAAGUUUGUGUUCUUUAAAGGAGAUAAAUACUGGAUUUUCAAGGAGGUUACAGCGGAGCCCGGUUACCCCCACAGUCUGGUAGAGAUGGGCAGCUCUUUGCCCCGUGAUGGCAUCGACACGGCCUUACGCUGGGAACCCGUGGGCAAAACCUACUUCUUCAAAGGUGACCAGUACUGGCGUUACAAUGAGGAGAAACGCAACGUUGACCCAGGUUACCCCAAACCCAUCAGCGUGUGGAGGGGCAUCCCUGAGGGUCCACAGGGAGCAUUCAUCAGUCGAGAAGGAUUUUAUACCUUCUUCUACAAAGGAAAGGACUACUGGAAGUUUGAUAACCAGAAGUUAACCGUGGAACCAGGUUACCCCAAAUCUAUCAUCAAAGACUGGAUGGGUUGCGACCAGUCUGAUAUGGAAAAGAACAAAGACAGGCACCUUCCGCACAAUGACGUCGACAUCAUGGUGGCCAUCAACGACGUACCCAGCACUGUAAACGCCAUAGCCGUGGUCAUCCCGUGCAUACUCUCACUGUGCAUUCUGGUCCUUGUAUACACUAUCUUCCAGUUUAAGAACAAAAACGUUCAACAGCACGUCACCUACUACAAACACCCGGUGCAGGAGUGGGUAUGACAGACCGGGGGGCGUUUUAGACCCCAAACGAUCGAACAUAACUGAGGGCUACUAUGCUGAGGUCUGAAAGCAUAUGUGACCAGUGCCUGUUUUCCGAAACUUGCCCCAGAACGCUGAAAGGACAAGGCAAGAGCAUCGACGCCACUUAAGACAACGUAAAAAUACAAAUAUCGCAAUUUUUUAUAGCAUGAGCCCAAGGGACGAAACUUUUGAGAUAGUUGGCGAGAAGAGCGGGAUGGGUUCAAAGUGAAACCCAACGUUUUUACAACGUUCAGUCAACGUUAUCGUUGUGGAACGAACGCUCCAGGUUUGGCAACGGAAGAAUCCAACUUGUUCUCAGAAUAAACUUGUAUAUGUUUUGAAGUAUUAAGAAAUUAAUGAACAAAAAUGAACAAAAAAAUAACUCAAGACUUGAAAAACAAUGUAGGUAGAAAGGCCAUAGAAAAGAAUACCAAGGAAUUCAUGCAGUCGUUUUCAUUUAUGAGGUGAAGGGUUCACCGCUAAUACUCGAAGACUUCGAAUUUUUUAGGGGGGUGGGUUGGGAGGCAUUUCGGAAAAAAGAAAAUAACAACAACUGACUUUAACUUCAAUCUGAAUGUUUGUUUGCUAGAUAGUUUUUCUUUCUUUUGACACCUGCCUACUCGUUUCCACAAAGCAGGAACAGCGUUUGAUUUGUAAUAACUAGGGCAGUCUUAAUACCUCCUACGCUGUACUGUACCGCGCUUCUAUUUUUCUUCUUCGGCUGUUUUGAACAGUCUGUAACAAAGGACGAUCUCUUUUUUGAUCGAAUUUUGUUUACAGACAGCAUUCGUAUUACGUUUUUAUAGGCGAAUCGUUUCUAACAGCUUCUGUGGGAAAUCUUUGGGUCAAAGAGACAAAAAGAAGAACGCUUAAAAUUGCGUUUUUGGGAUUAGACACGAUUUCUAUUCAUUAUGUUUUUCCCACCCUCUUUUACGUUUUGUGUUUAAAUUUUUAAACAAUUUUUAAAAUACUUAUUAAUUUAUUUGUUACAUUUGAACACAUCUGAAUAUGAAAACAUUUCCUUUGCUUACGUUUUGUGUUUAAAUUUAUCUUUUAAAUUUAAAAAAUAUUUAUUGCUUACAUUUGAACACAUCUGAAUAUGAAAACGUUUCCGUUGCUUGCGUUUUGUGUUUAAAUUUAUUUUUAAAAUUUUAAAAAUAUUUAUUAAUUUAUUGCUUACAUUUGAACACAUCUGAAUACGAAAACGUUUCCGUUGCUUACGUUUUGUGUUUAAAUUUAUUUUUAAAAUAUUUAUUAAUUUAUUGCUUACAUUUGAACACAUCUGAAUACGAAAACGUUUCCGUUGCUUACAGUACAGGAGAUGAUCUGUAAGCAGUUCAUCCGUCCUCAUAGAAUGAACAUAAUAUGCUGUACGUCUUACGUUAAGUGAAUUUCACGUGUUCGAUGUUAACCGUCUAACACUUCACUCAUAAUGUCUGUCGAGUGCUUUAAUUAGUACGACUGUGAUGUUAAACAGUAAUGUGUGUUUGAAUCCACUGUAUUAACACAUCUCUCCACUCAUCCGCUGUGGAAUGGAAUACAUUGCACACUGCAAAGAGCUGAAGUGUUAUUGAUGUUUUAGGAUUAACUUGAUAAAGCUUCAGGCAUAUAUUAAAGGUUUGUAGAAUCUUAAUCGGUACAUUAAGAUGGUAGAUUUGGCAAGGCUCCCUUUGGUAACGCUUUACGGAUUUUUUUUAAUUCAUCACAAAUACAUUUGCCUUAACAUGUUUACUUUGCAUGUAAUACAAUAACUUUACAUUUUUGUCGGACAUGUUUUAUUUAAACAGUAAAGGACAGUGUAAAUAUUGUACGCUCAGUUUAGUUAGGUUGUCUGGUGUCUUGAAAGGUCUGCCAAUGACUUGAUGAUCCGUCUGAAUUUGAUCAUGAGCUGUGACGUUGCAUCAGUAGUAAAAGGAAAAAUGACGCGCAGGGUCAUUCGAUUUUGUUAAUACAUUUUAACCAACAUGAAUGUUUUCUGAAUAGCCCUGUUGUCUGUUAAGUGAACUUUAUGAGGUUUUGUGUUAGUUGGAUAAGAGGAACAAACUUUUCUCUAAGCUUGUCUUCCAAAGUGACAUUUAAUGUGUUUGUGUCUUCUUUAAAGGGGAACCAACA